AUGUUGUUCCUUUUCACAGCGCUUUCCUUGGUGCUGCUAACAACUGGCGAGGACCUCUACAAGUAUGAAAUAUGCUUCGCUACUUCCCGAGACGCAAAAGGGAUAUACUAUGGCUUUUGGUCGGAGGCUAGAUCGGGUCUGACGUGGAGUGAAACCCUGUGGACGAAGGCUUAUGCAGGAUUGUAUAGGCAGUUUCAACGACUCCCGAAGAAUGCUAUCAAGAUCAGUGUUGGAGGGUACGAACUUCCCGAAAGGAACGAAUUUUUGGGAACAAGUAAAGGAAACCCGGGAAACUUUCAAGAGGAACUUCAAGAUGGUAAGUGGUUUGAGAUAAACUGA